GUAAGGCACCGAUUCAACGUAAUCACAUGAACACACUUCCAGGACAACAUCUGAUUAUCUGUAUCCUAUGUGGAGAUUAAGGUAUUCAUGAAAAUAUAAACACCGAUAUGACAAAAUAGGUAGAUGGACUGUUAGAGUCAUUUAGUUGUCUGGACUUGGCCGACACGGAAUGAAGCAGUAAUGGCACCUGGAACGUCUUCUCGGUUACCUUCGAGGAAAUCGUGUCGACAUCUCUUGAAUUUGAUUUUUAGUGUUCGGAACAUCCUGCUUAUUAUAAUAACACCGAUUAUUUUGCUUCCGAUUCUUUUACUGGUGGAAGGAAACGAAGCAAAAUGUGCAUACUGUAUUAUUGUAAUGGCGAUAUAUUGGAUAACAGAGGCUCUUCCUAUAGCUGUGACGUCAUUGCUACCAAUCAUUAUGUUUCCAAUGGUCGGACUAUUGAGCGCAAAAGAUGUGUCAAACAAAUAUCUCAAUGACACGGCCAUGUUGUUUGUGGGAGGAUUGAUCGUGGCAGCCGCUAUUGAAUACUGGAACAUACAUAAACGUCUCGCCCUCAGGGUGCUCAUGCUGGUCGGAUCCGAACCAAGAUGGCUGAUGUUUGGGAUGAUGUUACCCACGUGGUUCUUGUCGAUGUGGAUCAGUAAUACAGCUACUACGGCCAUGAUGAUUCCUAUAGCCAACGCCGUCCUUGUUCAGCUUAAAGAAACACGCGAUCUUGAAAAUACAGAUAUUGAAGAUGAACUAGUUGUACAGGUAGAAAUGUCCGAGCAAAAUGGUUCUUUAAAGGAAAAAGACCAAAAAACAAACAAAAUAGAGAGAUUGUCUCAAAAUGAGAAAACAGAGAGCCCAGAAUAUUUACGCAUGUGCAAAGCCUUGUCAUUAGGCAUUGCUUACGCUGCUAAUUGUGGGGGCGUGGCCAGUCUUACUGGAACCAAUCCAAAUGUCAUUAUGAAAGGUGUAGCUGACAAAAUUUUCCAGGAAAGGAAUGGUACUUCCCCCGUAACCUUUGCGACCUGGAUUCAAUUCUGUCUGCCGAUUUCUGCAAUUGUGGUAGCAUUCAUAUGGCUCUGGUUACAGUUUGUUUUUCUACGAUGCAGGACGACAAAAAGUACCCCGGAGCAGGCACAAAGAGUCAAAGAUGUUAUCAGAAGGGAAUAUUCUAAGCUUGGACCAGUCAGCUUUGCUCAGGGAGCAGUCAUUGCCCACUUUGUGCUGCUGGCAGUAUUAUGGAUCACACGAGACUUGGGAGGUGUAGGAGGGUGGGGAAGGAUUUUCCCACCAAAAACUGUUACAGAUUCCACUCCCUCCAUUCUCAUUUCCAUCAGCUUGUUCCUAUUUCCGACAGUUAUCCCUUGGAGAUUUAGUGGCAAACAUCAUAGUAAAAGUGUACCAGCUCUUCUACCUUGGAAAGCAGCCGAAAAGAUGGUUCCAUGGGGUGUAGUGCUCUUACUUGGAGGUGGAUUUGCCUUAGCUCAUGGCAGCAAGGUAUCUGGAUUAUCAGAUUGGCUUGGUUGUGAGUUGAGCGUGUUUAAGGAUUUUGAACCCUGGGUCAUGAAUCUGGUUCUUUGUUUCAUAGUGGCGGCAGCAACAGAGGUGACCAGUAACACGGCUAUUUGUUCACUUAUGAUGCCUAUUAUGAGUGAGCUGGCUUUGACCCUCGGUGUAAAUCCACUAUACUUCAUGUUUCCUACCGCCAUUGCUACUUCCUUUGCUUUCAUGCUUCCGGUUGCCACUCCUCCAAAUGCUGUAGUAUUUUCCUACGGAUACGUCAAAGUUGCAGACAUGGCUAUGGCAGGGCUUCUUAUUAAUGUUGUAGCAGUGUUUGUGCUAGUUCUGGGGACGGAGACAUGGGGAGAAGCCAUUUUUGGUUUUCAUACCCUGCCGACUGUCUUUAAAACUGCAAACAUCACUAACUCUAAUUCUGCUCUGAAAUGUGUAUGAUAAUGGAUCUCCUAGUGAUACUUCUUUGAUGGACAGCUAUAAAUCUUAAUUUCGCAGCCUGGAAUAAGUUCAGUAUUUUUAUACAUAAAUCCAGGUUUAUCAUUGUUGCAAAUGAUUUCUGUCGAUAUAUAUAUCGCUAGCAGAAGAAAAAUGGUACACAUACACGUACAUGUAGCAGUUACAUUUA